CUACAACUUUGCCAUCAAUAAUGUCCACACACACACACACACAAAUUAUCAUCUUAGAGAGAGGUGUAGUAGAAGAAACAGAGAAAACUGAAAAUGGUGCUGUUAGGUUUCCAGACUCUUAAUUGGUACGUGCAUGGAGGAAUGAUGGAGAAAAAGAGACAAUUGAUGCAUAUUGUCCAAGCCACUGAAAGAGAUGAUUCUUCUUCUUCACAGAGAUUUCAAAUCGAUAGAGAUAAAGCAAGAGAAGCUCUGAAACAGCUUGAUCAACAAAUUGAAUCUCAAGCUGAUGAAAAACCAAGAAGUAUCGUCAAGACAUCACCAGAUGUAGUCAGAACCAAUGAUCCAAUCAUGUUUGAAGAACCACCUGAGAUGUCCGGAUCGUUCCUCACAACUUCAGCUUUUCUUCUCUUAGCUCUUACCUUGUUCUACAACAUUUUGUUCAUUACAGUGAUAAAACCAUCCAUGGAUGGACCAGAAUCAGUUCCAGAAGAAAACAGACUUGCUAUGUCUGAUUCUGACAUUGUGAAGUUUCCACUUUCAUCUUUGCCUGAAAACACUUUCAAACAGUAAAAAUAUACUUAUCUCUUUACAUAAUGA